AUGCCUCUACCUACUUCAUUAAUGAAUAAAAUUAAUAAUAAAUGCAGAUAUUUUUAUUCAACAACAACAGAAUCAGAACCUCUUCUACCCGAUACAAUCAAAUUCAUCAAAGAAAAUUUGGAAAAAUAUGGAUCAGUUCAUUUUGAAUUGCCUCAUGUUUUUGUUGUUUUUGGCGCUAGUAAAAUUUAUCCAACUCUUUGGUGGCUUUUUAGAGAUGGACUUUUGCCCAAAAAUACACAUAUUAUCGGCUAUGCACGUUCUCAUUUAUCUGUGGCUGAAUUGGUUAAGCAUUUUGAAUCUUACUGCAAUGUUCGGGUUGAAGAAAAAGAAACAUUUGCUAAUUUUGUUCGGCAUUGUUCUUACAUUUCGGGCCAGUACAAUACUGAUGAUGGUUUAAUAGCUUUACACAAAGCUAUAACUGAGAUGGAGAAUACUUUCAAAAAACCUGCUAACAGACUCUUUUACUUGGCCUUACCUCCAGAAGUCUUUCAAACAGUCACAGAACACAUUCGGCGUCAUUGUAUGAGUGAUAACAACUCUGAAGCAUGGACUCGCAUAAUUAUUGAAAAACCAUUUGGAUAUGAUGAUACAUCUUCUGCAGUUUUGUCAGAACAUUUGGCGAAACUUUUUACUGAAGAUCAACUUUAUCGGAUUGACCACUAUUUGGGCAAGGAAAUGGUCCAGAAUCUUAUGGUUUUGAGGUUCGGCAAUGAAUUUUUCUGUCCAUCAUGGAAUCGGCAUCAUAUUGCUUCUGUAACAAUUUCUUUCAAGGAAGAUUUUGGAACUCAGGGACGUGGUGGUUAUUUUGACAAGAGUGGAAUUAUUCGUGAUGUUAUGCAAAAUCACUUAAUGCAGAUUUUGACGAUUGUUGCAAUGGAAAAACCGGUGAGCAUGAGCGCAGAUGAUAUUCGAAAUAAAAAAGUUGAAGUUCUUAAAUUGAUAAAUCCAGUAAAGUUGUCAGAAGUUGUUCUAGGGCAAUAUGUUGGUGACAGUCAAGCUAAAGAGGCGGAUGCUCGUCUUGGAUAUUUGGAUGAUGAAUCAGUCCCAAAUAAUUCUGUAACGCCUACGUUUGCAACAGCCGUUUUAUGGGUUAAAAAUGAACGAUGGGAAGGCGUUCCUUUCUUUUUGCGAUGUGGAAAAGCUUUAAAUGAACGAAAAGCGGAAGUACGUAUUCAAUAUCGUGACGUCUCUGGUAACAUUUUCCCUGAUGACUCAUUGAAACGGAAUGAAUUAGUUAUCCGUGUACAACCAAAUGAAGCUGUUUAUAUGAAGGUAAACACCAAAAGGCCAGGUUUCUCUGCACGUCAAAUAAUAGAAACUGAAGAAACGGAGCUUGAUUUAACAUUUAAUUCGCGCUAUAAGGGAAUGCGUUUUCCAGAUGCAUAUGAACGCCUCUUUUUUGAUUUAUUUAGUGGUCGGCAAUAUAGUUUUGUUAGAGCUGAUGAAUUAGAACAAGCAUGGCGUAUAUUUUCUCCGCUUUUGAGGCAAAUUGAAAAUGAGCGAGUUAGACCAGAACCUUAUGUUCAUGGAAGUCGUGGUCCAGCAAGCAGUGAUCAACUUUUGAAAGAACACGGCUUUGUUUUUACAGGAACAUAUCGGUGGCACAACAACAAUAAUAAUAACAAUUCUGAAACAAACAAAUCAAAUGGAGGCGUAGGAAAAAAUGAUAACAGUAAAAUUAUCAAAGAGUUUCACAAACUUUGA